CGGCUUAUUUGGCAACCCAGGUCUUCUUUUUUGUUAUUUGACAACCCGGGUUGUCAAGAAAAGAAGAAAAAUUGUCUUUUUCAACCUGUCACAUGACAAGUCUUCACCCUCUUGCACUUAUGGAGGGCCUUUCUCAGCUGGAUUUCUAAAAUGGUGGCAACACUCCAUUAUCAUGACUAAACGAGCUGUCACACUCGACUCCAGCGCCAAUUUUUUCCAGCGAGGAAAGAAACCGACGACAGCGCAGAGAGCUGUAGCUGCCAAAAAGACAACGGCUUCCACGACUGCCCUGCAGUUAGAACGAGAAACAGUACCAACAUCAGGAAAAGCUCCCAAGGAAUUGACCAAACAAGAAGAGGAUGGCUACAGUGAUGAAUUAGACUACUCAGCUGAGGAAUCAGUUUCGGAUCACUGUGAUCAAGAGGACCACGGCGAAGACGGGUAUGGGGACGCGCAUGCUCAAGAUAAGAAUUCUAUUAUUUUGGGUAUCUCGGAACCAAAGAACGUAGACGUAAACGCAAUUGCAUCCGUCGAAGAUAUCAAAAAUUCAAGGGUUAUCGCGAAGAGGAGUGUAAAGACAGCAUCCAAGGAGAGUGCCUGUGUAGUUCCAUACGUAGGCGACAUCCAUUCUGGGUUCUCGCUAUUAUUGUUUCUGGAGCCAUUAGUUCAUCAAGCUGAUAUCUCAGAAGAAGAGAAGAAACUUCGCCAGUUUGACCUUACCUCCAAGUAUGGUCCUUGCACAGAAUUGACGCGCACGUUACAACCUCCACAGGCUAUCAAGGAUAUGACUAUCGCGCAUAUUUAUCUGAAUAUCCCAGUCUAUGAAGGACGUGUUUAA